AUGUUGACUGUAGAGAAGCAAUGGAUCAAUGUCCAGCAAAAGACAUUCACAAAAUGGUUAAACUCCAAACUCAAGAUCCGGAAUAUCGCCAUAAAUGACCUGGUGACAGACCUUUCAGACGGAGUCAGUAUCCAUAUGACAACAGGAGAGGCUAUGGUUAUCCUUAUUCACAUCCUCGAGAUACUUGGGAACGAGUCACUGGGUCGAUAUGCGUCUAAACCGAAGCUUCGAGUGCAAAAGUUCGAGAAUGCAAACAAGUGUCUCGACUUUAUCAAGGGGAGGGGGAUACAAAUGACGAAUAUCGGCGCAGAAGACAUUGUUGAUGGAAACAGAAAGAUAAUACUCGGCUUGAUAUGGACGCUCAUUCUACGUUUCACGAUCAGUGACAUCAACGAAGAGGGUAUGACCGCAAAGGAGGGACUGUUACUAUGGUGCCAACGGAAAACUGCCUGCUAUCCCGGAGUGGAAGUAAGAGAUUUCUCCACAAGCUGGAAUGAUGGACUGGCCUUUUGCGCAUUGCUGGAUAUCCACCGACCCGACCUGAUCGAUUUCGACGCUCUAGACAAGACGGAACAUAAGAAGAACAUGCAACUGGCCUUUGAUAUUGCCGCAGAGGAGAUUGGAAUUCCAGACUUGCUUGACGUGGAGGAUGUGUGUGAUGUUGCUAAGCCAGAUGAACGGUCUCUCAUGACGUACAUCGCAUACUGGUUCCAUGCCUUUUCACAGCUCGAGAAAGUUGAGAAUGCCGGCAGACGUGUAGAGAAAUUUGUUCAAAACAUGCAAGGAGCGUGGGAGAUGCAAAACUCCUUCGAGCGCCGGAUGAGGGCUUUGCUUAAGAAUAUUGCUGAGCAACAGGAGAAAUGGCUUAACUCGUCAUUUGCAGGAACCUAUGCUGAUGCCAAAGAACAGGCUAGCGAGUUUGCUGCAUACAAGAAGAACCAGAAGCGCGAAUGGGUUGCCGAGAAGUCUGACCUCGCUGCGCUAUUGGGGAAUAUCAAAACGAAAUUAAGCACCUACCGCCUAAAGCCUUAUGAUCCACCGCCGGAGCUUAGGCUAGAGGUACUAGACGAGGAAUGGGCUAGUUUGACUACCUAUGAACACAAGAGAAGCCAGCUAAUCAACGAGACUAUCCGUGAUAUAAAAAAUGCCCUUCGUCGAUCGUUUGCUGACAAGGCAAAUGAUUUUGCAUUGACCUUAAACACACUCUCACUCGCAAUAUCGGGUCUCGAAGGAGACGUUGAAGACCAGUUAACGCAUGUUCGACGGCUCAGCGAUAACCUUCCUCCUCUAGACGCCUUCCUCGAGACAAUAGAGGACCUUGACGAACAGUGCGCAGAAGCUAACAUUGAAGAGAACGACUUCACCACCUACACUUUUGAAGAGCUCUCAUACGAGCUGAGCCUUGUCAAAUCAAGUGUAGCAAAGAAGCUGGCAUUCUUAGAGAACCAGAUGGUCGCACGGAACAUGACCAACCUUACACCUAUACAGCUUGAAGAGUUUGAGUCUGUGUUCAGGCACUUUGACCGAGAUUCUACAAACACGCUACAUGAAAUAGAAUUUUCAGCUGCUUUGGCCAGUCUAGGACUGGUAUACGAUGAAGAUGAGAUGCACGAGGUCUUUGUGGAGACCUGCGGUCCAAGUCGUCUAGAACGAAAUGCAGGCGUCAGCUUUGAACAGUUCAUUCGAUUCAUGGUCAGCGUCACCGAGGAUCAAAACACGGCUGAACAGGUCCUCCAGAGUUUCAAGGAGGUAGCUGAUGGGAAGCCAUAUGUUACGGAACUUGACCUUCGGCAUUCCCUGAUACCAGACGAGCUUAUCGAGAACCUGGUUGAGUCGAUGCCCAAGCACACGGGGCCUGACCUCCUGGAAGACAGGGAGGUCGCGAAGUACGACUAUAUGACGUUUAUGGAGCACAUGAUGAAUAACAGCGGCCGUGGUCAUGAUGUUGGAACUAACCACAACAAAUAA